AUGACGCAGUUGGCGGGAAGUUUUGAAAUCCCCGCGCUGAUGUUCUGCUCCUGUACACAGUUUGUUGUGAAUGUGAGAGAAGAAGACGUGGGGUAACUAACUACGACUCUAAAGUCUCAAGAUGAGGAUGUGUAAGGAAACAUCAGAUAACCGUGGCCUUGUAGCUGCUAUCUUUUUCUUGUUGGGCAUGGGGACUCUGCUUCCAUGGAACUUCUUCAUAACUGCAAUGAAUUAUUUCACUGAGCGUUUGAAAACUGGGAAUGAAGCAAAUCCUGGGAAUGGUUCAAAUCCUGAGCAGGCAGAUCCUUACAUGUUCGGUAACCUGAGUGUGCUAUUAGCCCAGCUUCCCUUGCUGCUCUUUACCCUUCUCAACUCUUUUCUAUACCAGCACAUUGCAGAGAAGAUUAGGAUUGGUGGCAGCAUGGUCUUCAUAUUACUCCUCUUCAUUCUCACAGCCAGUUUAGUGAAGGUUGAGAUGGACCGGGACCACUUCUUCUACAUUACCAUGGCAACAAUCUGGUUUAUUAACAUGUUUGGGGCAGUGUUGCAAGGUAGUCUGUUUGGUCUGGUUGGUAAACUACCCCCGAGAUACAGCUCCCUGUUUAUGAGUGGUCAGGCUGUGGCGGGGAUUUUCUCCGGUCUUGCCAUGCUGUUAUCGAACAUCUUUGAGACUGAUUCAGAGAGCUCUGCUCUGGGAUAUUUCAUAACCCCCUGUGCUGCCACUCUGCUUACUUUGUGCUGUUACCUCAUACUGCCGAAUCUGAAGUUUGCCCGGCUUCAUUUGGAAAAUGGAUUCUCAGAAAGUGAAGAGACAAGGAAAGAGCCAUUAACAAAUAUUUCUGCUACAGAGAGUGUCACUUUGGUUAAAGUGAAGUUGAAUGAUGACAAUGGGUUAGACAUCAAUGGCAAAAUGAUUUUAACUGCCUCUGAUUCUGAAGCGUGCAAAAAGGUGGAUGAGCUCAAACAAGAAGCCCCUGAAGAGAAGUCAUCUGUACCUCAAGUCUUCAAAAAGAUUUGGGUGAUGGCAUUAUGUGUGACAUGCACGUUUGCCGUCACAUUGUCUGUUUUUCCAGCAAUUACUAUCAAUACACAACCCUCAGGCUUAUUUGAAGGAAAAAAGAAUAUCUUCGUCCCCUUUUGUUCAUUCAUUGUCUUCAAUGUAAUGGACUGGAUUGGUAGAAGUCUCACGUCUCGUCUUCAGUUGCCAUCGAUGAAGAGUUGUUUUUUCCCUAUCUUUGUGGUAUUACGAGUCAUUUUCAUUCCUGCCCUCAUGCUCUGCAACGUUCAUCCUCGCUCUGUUCUACCAGUCAUUUUCAAUCAUGAUGUGGCCUACAUGGUCAUCAUGUCAUUGUUUGCCAUGACGAAUGGAUAUUUUGCCUGCCUCUCCAUGAGUUAUGCUCCACAAACACUCGCAAAGCCUUCUGGUCACUUUUUUCCAGGCUGGUGAAGCCUAAAGAUGCAGAGACAGCAGGUGCUCUGAUGACCUUCUUUCUGGCUGUCGGCCUCUCUCUGGGAGCUGCACUCUCCUUUGCCCUUAAACAAAUAAUUUAGGGCAAAUCCCACCAGUUGACACUGCUGUUUUCUCAUCACCACCCAACAUAAACAUGUUUGAAAGGCCUAAACAUACUCUACGCAUGUACACUACUGCAGAUGCUUCAAGUUACACAAGAUUGAUUCUGUGCGUUGUUGCGUUACAGAAUGUGUCAGACUUCAACUGAUAACUCAACGCAAGUAUGCAUUGUAUUCUUAAUAGGGAUGGCACCGAUCCGAUACCUGGAUCGGUUCCGAUACUGACGUUUAUACCCAGAUCGGGUAUCGGUCCGACGAGCCCGAUCCAAAUCCAAUACCGCAUGUUGGUCAUUGAUGUUACUGUCAAGCUCAAAGAAUUACAUAAAUAACCUUCAAAUCACCAUUAAAGUAGUCCAUAUAACUAGUGCAUUUUAUUCAGGCUCUUACAGUCAUCCAAAAGCUUUGUGAAUUGCAAAAGGCUCUGUUUAAUAAUAAAUGUACAGUCAGCUAAGUAGUCUCUGGCACCACGCUUUACUGAAUGAUCACUGCUCUGCUGACACACACACAUAAACGCGCAGAGGCUCGUGAUGUGCUGCUCAGCGCAAUAUGUGGUUGCUCCACACAGACUCCAUCUCAGAUGUAGAUGAUCAAUAGUUUGGUACGCAUAUAACAUGCAUUGAGAACGGCACCGGACAAGCAUUUGACCAGAUAUUGAAUGAGAAGCGUAUUACACUACUGUGAAUUAGCCUACAAACAAACACUCAAACACAGAAUUUCUGGAGUGCUCAGCGAUUGAGAAAAUUAAGAAAUUACAAUUGAAAUGUAUUACCAAUGUAUAGUAAAAUUAUUAUUAUUAUUAUUAUUCAUAAUAAUAAUAACAAUACAUUAUUAUUAUUAUUAGAAAUUACAAUAAAAAAAAAACAGUUAGUCCCAAAAAUUACUGUGAUUGAAAAGUGGAUUGAUAAACUAAUAAAACUAAAAGAGGGAAAGAUCUGAAAAUAUUUACAAAUCCAGAUAAAAGUUAAAAUGUGUAAAGAGAACUGUCUUUUCUACUGAAGACUUAUUUUUGCUGCUGCAUCCUGCAGACUAUUUAAAAAUAAAGUUUUGCACAAGCUCUUAUGUAGUUUUGUUUUCCUAUUUUAUAAUGAAAUACUCUAUUGUUAGAGGUUUUUGUUUCUUUACACAAAGAGUACUCCCAAUCAGUUCCAUGCAGUGAAUUAUAGAUGUUCUAAACUCAUUAAUAAAAAAACAAAACUGGUAUCGGAUUGGUAUUGGCCAAUACUGAUAAUUCAAGUAUCGGAUCGGAAGAGAAAAAAAUGGUAUCGUUCCAUCCCUAAUUCUUAAUGUUUUCACAAGCAUUCGGGCAUUAGUGUGAACUGUCUGCUUCUAUGGUGAGUUUCUCUUUCAAGUCAACUAAUGUUAUGGCAGAGCAGUAGUUUGUAGAGACAAUUGCUGAGCAAGUAAGUUAAAGUCAAUAUAUUUAUAGCUACUUACUUGAAUAAUAACACAUCCAGUUUAAUGGCACAGACUUUUGAAGGCAGCUCUAUCACUCCCUUGAAUAUUGAGGUUGGUUACCGGCACAAGAGCGCACAUUAAGAGUGUUUAACCGGACCGUCCAUUGGCAAAGCACUCAUAUCUGAGUAUGCGUACUUGCGUAAAGUAUGUUUCUGUCCUAAAUCAUUGCUGUAUUAAAGCACCUUUUUAAGUGGUCUCAUUUUGUGAAGGAAUAAAAAGAAAUGGCAGCAUUAUCUUGACUAUUAGUUUUUAUAUAUUGAAGAUAAUUUAACUGGUAUUUAUGGGUUUGCAAUUCAUACUCAUGGGUUUUUUGUUUUUUUUUAAGGGAAUUGGCUUUUGUUAUCUUUUUUUUAUACAAAUGAAAUUUGUUGUAUUUAUUUUUUUUAUCAUCUAUUGUAUUUUUGUAUUUUGUUUCUUUUUAAAGAUAAAGUCAUUGUCUUAAAUGACUUCAUAACCAUAAAAUGGAUAUGAAGCAUAGUGACUCUAAGAGACAUUCUACAUGCCUGUGAUAAGUGUUUUGUUUGCUUUUUUUAUAUGUUUGUUAUAUGUUUCUCUUAAAUUUUU